UUCCCCAGCCGGUGCCCUACCCGCUCGCCCACAGCGGGGGUUGGCCGAUUUCAGGCACCACACAGCGGGCGUUCCGAGGGCCGGAAUCCAAUCAGCGAGCACCCGAUUGAUGGACAUCGGCACCGACUCCACAUAGCCUCCUGCUUCACUCAUAAAAUGACCUGAGCACCUCAAAUGGCGGGCCCCAGGUUUCUCAACCGGGUUCACAACUCCUUCAUGUCCCUGGAAUAGCAAAAGGCCGGCGAGGACCGGUGCACUGUAGGUAUUUGCAAGAUGACGAAGGUCUUCAGCGCAGAAGAAGUUGCAAAACACACUUCAUCAGACAGCUGCUGGGUAGUGAUCCAUGGAAAUGUUUACGAUGUGACCGAGUUUCUACCAGAGCAUCCUGGCGGGUCGAGAAUUAUCUUGCAGCUCGCGGGGCGGGACGCAACAGCCGAGUUCGAUCCGAUCCACCCGCCAGGCACGUUGGAGGAAAACCUCAAACCGGAGGCAAAAUUGGGCACGGUGGACCCAGAGAGCCUCAGGAAGCUCCAAAAACAGAGUGCCGGCCAUGGCCAACCCGCCAGCGCGGAGUCGGAUGAGAAGAAAGCGGCCCCACCCCUCCACACACUGCUGAACCUCGACGAAAUCGAAGCCGCGGCCCGUACCCAAGUCUCGCGCAAGUGCUGGGCAUACUACUUCUCCGCCGCCGACGAUCUGUACAGCAAGACCUACAACAACACCGUCUACCGCAACAUCCUGCUCCGGCCGCGCGUGUUUGUGGACUGCACCGUGGCCCGCACGGCAACCACGCUGCUGGGCCACCGGGUGGGCACGCCGCUGUACGUGUCGCCGGCGGCCAUGGCGCGGCUGGCGCACCCAGACGGCGAAGCCGGCAUCGCACGGGGCAUUGCGCGGUUCGGCGCCAUGCAGUUAGUGUCGCACAACGCGAGCAUGACGCCCGAGCAGAUCGUGGCCGACGCCGCACCGGGCCAGGUCUUUGGGUGGCAGCUGUACGUGCAAAACACCCGGGCCAAGAGCGAGGCCAUGCUGGCGCGCAUCGGCAAGCUGCGCGAGCACUUCAAGUGCGUCGUGCUGACGCUCGACGCGCCCGUGCCCAGCAAGCGCGAGCACGACGAGAAGGCCGCGCUCGAGGCGCAGCUCAUUAUCGAGGCCAGCAGGAGCCAGGAGGAGAGGGACAAGGAGAAGAGCGGCGGGCGCCCCGGGUCCGAUAGCGGCGUCGGCCAGCAGUUGUUUUGGGGCACGGCGGCGGACUUGACCUGGGAGACCACCCUGCCCUGGCUGGCGAAGCAUACGGAUCUGCCAAUUGUGCUGAAGGGAAUUCAGACACACGAAGACGCCUACCUGGCGGCCCAGUACGCCCGCAAACACCCCGGCUCCGUCAAAGCCGUGAUCCUAUCUAACCACGGAGGCCGGUCGCUCGACACGGCGCCUCCGGCCGUUCACACGCUGCUUGAGAUCCGGAAGUACUGCCCCGAGGUGUUUGAUACGAUCGAGGUGUGGGUGGAUGGCGGCAUCAAGCGCGGGACUGACGUUGUCAAGGCGCUGUGCCUCGGCGCCAAGGCGGUUGGCGUUGGGCGUGCCGCGCUUUGGGGGCUUGGUGCCGGCGGGUGGAAGGGGGUUGAGCGGACGUUCGAAAUCCUGCAAGGAGAGAUUGAGACAUGUAUGAAGCUGCUUGGCGCCAAGGAUAUCUCGGAACUGGGCCCGCGAUUCAUCAACAGUCGAAUGGUGGAGCGAGACAUUUUCGAUGGCGGCGCCGGGCUUGACAAGUCAGGGUUGUGGACGUCUCGCGCCAAGCUUUAGCGAACCGGCGAUUGUGCGUUGCCAAGGACGCGGGGAACUGGCGAUCAUCGUCAGGGUAGACACGGAGAUCUCAUGUCUGCCGAGGUAUACAUAGAUUUGACGUUGCUGCUUCACAUGUGGGAAUCU